CUCCAAAGAUUGCUGGGAGAGGAACUUAGCCUGGGAAUGAAGGCUCAGUUUCAGAUCCAGGUUCCAUGGCUUCCGUAUGCAGAGCUCUAUCCCGCUAUCGCGUACAUGCGUACGUACCUCUGCGUGUGAGGGUUGAGGAACGUAUGGCCAUAUUUCAAUCACUCCAGGGUGGAGAUGCUAUGUUCCUGGUGCAGCCGCAGAGCGUUUUCUGCCUGUUCUUAGGCUGUCGAGCAGUUAAUGACGCUCGGUCAACUCGAAGCCUAGUGGACUCAGCGUUAAAGCGCGGUUAGGUGCAGAGGGCGAAACUGCCUCCCCCGUAUCGUCCUGCAACGCUCCCGGCCGUCGAAUGCUCUAUAAAGAGUGCUGCCGCUAUUUACACACAGUAUGGAAUCUGCUGUCUAAAAGCUAUUGAUUGAUGUGUCACUGAUCGGUCCUAGGUUCUCAAAAAAUCAGGUUCCUAAGCGUUUCACGCGGUCCAACGGAAUUUUCCGUCUAAUCUUCCUUAUUUCCGCUUUUUUUUUUCGGAUCCUCAGUACUCAAGCGCGAAUCCCUUUUCCUACUUGCGCUUCACAAUACUUCUGCUCGCUCGCUCUCUUCACUCUACGCGACACGGUCUUGCUGUCUCAUCUGCAAUUUCACAAUCUAUGGCUCCCUGCGACCAAACCACGUCAUCAAAUUCCCCUGGCACAUCGUCGGCGACGCCAAACGCCACGUCAGCACCACCACCGCGGCCAUGCACGCCGGUGUAUUCAGUGUCGGCAGUCAUGUUCCUCUCCACUAUAGCAGGAUUCGUUAUUGUUAUACUCGCUACAGGCCUCCUCGUCUAUAUUUUCCACAAGCUCGGGUGGUUCGUCGAACCUGAACCUCCAGUGACUGUACGUCCUGCUGUGGCUGCCCGACUGCUGAUCCUUCGCGAAACUGCGAGUGUCGCCAAGACAUCGCAAGGUCUGGACCCCGCAGUGAUUCGCUCGUUCCCAGUUUACACGUUUCGCGAGAAAAUCGUCAGUCGCGAUGUUACAACCGAGGCCAGCGGGUUAGCCUCCUUUCGCAGAAUCAGCCGUGAAAUUUCGCGAUCUCUUGGCUCCUCCCGUCGACUCAGCAGGGACUUCUCACUCACACGCUGUCCCUCUCGAAACGGCGACGAAUUGGCGAAAGAAAGUGCCGGCGAAACCUGUUCGAAGCGAAGCGAACUCGCGGUAACCAUCGAGAGCGACGACGACGCGAUGACGUGUCGGCGCGAGUGCGCGGUGUGCCUGGGCGAGUACGUGGCAGGCGAGCGCAUCAAGGUGGUGCCGGCGUGCGCACACGGCUUCCACGCGGACUGCAUCGACCUCUGGCUCGCCGCCAAAACGACCUGCCCCAUCUGCCGAACAGACAUCGAGCCCAAAUCCCCCACUGAAACCAUUCCCCCCAACCCCCCCAUCCCCCCACAAGAAGGCCUGCGGUCAGAGCCAGGGGGACGCAGCAGUGAGACGGCAGCUGGCGAAUCAGCCGUGCGGGGAACUGUGGGAACGGAUGGGGGAGUGGCGGAAACGGGGGCAGCGGAAAGGCAAGAAGCGGCUCUUCUGUUUGCUGCAGUAGCAGCAACAGCAGGGGAAGGCGAGGGCGGAGACACGGGGGACGGAGCAGCCCUGGUUGCUGCGGGACGGAGAGGGGCGGUGGGGAGGCCGCUUGAGUGGCGGGGGAAGGCGAACUGGCAGGAGCACGAGGUUUGGAGUGAGUAUGAUGAUGGAGGAAGAACAGAGGAAAGGGCUUGUUGUUCCAGAGGAAGGUCAACGCUGAACAAGGCUGUCAUUGCAAAGGAAUUUGUGGGAAUAGAGGCCCCUGAAGAGUGCGUUCUAUUUGAGCGCUGCAUCGAAGCAGGAACCAAAUGCAUGGGGUGGAGGGGAGAGAAGCACAUCAUGCUGGGAAGCUGAGAGCUUCAACAGACCCAGUGUUUCCCAAGGAUGGUUUGCAGCCCAUUAACAGGAGGAACCCCCCGUGAGAGGAGCUUUGCAAGGCGCCAACCCAAAGACUGCUGACGUUGUCGCUCCAGCUGCCACUGCAACUGCGGUUUAGCCAACUGGUUUCCCAUACCCAAGUUCUAAUCCAUCUGGACUAGACAAGGUGGGCAGAAGGUGCCAGGACCAUGUGACAAUGAAGGCGCUAUGUGCGCUGGCAACAGGUAGUCCUGGAGGAAGAUUCACUGUGGAUCAAACAGUCAAGAGGUCAUCAUGCACACAUGAUGAUCGGGUUGGGAGGAGGGGAUAAAGCAGAGGAGGGGGGACAGCAGUGAUGUGUUCUUGGGCACAGGGAAACAGCACCAUGUAUAUUGAAAGGAAAGUCCCCUGCAAGUUACGUUGAAGCACUAUUUAUUAGAGCUGUGAGCUUGCAAAGCAGAGACAACUGUGGUUCAACAGAGGCCGAGGCAAACUUGUGCGCGUGGGGAGGAUACAUAGUCUGGUCAGCAACUCUGUAGCCCUACUGAUGUUUUCUUGCCUGGCAUGGAUGCUUAUUCGUGCGGGAUCUUCUCCUGGUCGUGUAUUACCUUCUACCUGCACUUCUCGAGGCAAUUCAGUUAUCUUAGUUUCGUAGACAUUACCAUAGUGGACUGAGAAGUGUGUGCCUCAUCCAUAUCGGUAAAUCCAUACGUGUGAGGCUUUGAAACUGAAGCCCGACACUGGAACACACUGUUU